AUGCCUGCCGCGGAGGUACCAGAAGGUGGGGGUGCUCCCAUCAGGGUGGUACAUCUGCAAGCUCGAGGUGAGAAGCAGACAGUCCUGGAUCCGGUUCAUGCGGAGUUGCGGUUCCUGUCGAAGUGGCGGCCGCACCUUCCUCUGAAAUUCGAAGGGUCCAGCUAUCCCACCAUCGCUGCGCUGGGGCAACUUCCGGCUGCUUUAUCAGCAACCCACGGCGUGGUCGCUCGCAAGGACCUGAGGCAGCUCUUAGCAAAGGUGGAUCCCCAGGGAUAUGGGGCAGCCCUCGCUGCAGAUGAUGAAGCUUUCUUGCACCUUCUAGAUCGAAUUGAGAUCCUGAUCGCGGCACUGCUUUAUCAAGAUGCAAGUAUCUGGGAAACGCACACACGACCGACCCUGCUCUCCUCCGCACCGCCUGGCUUUGGCACUGUCACGGCCUUGACGGAGCGCCGGCGGCAGAAGCAGCGGCUCCAGGAGGCCAUGGCGUCACGCGGUCUCCCCGCGGGCGCCCAGAUCCAGAGCAGUUUGAUGAUCCUGGAGCUGCGAACAGCGUUGGAGGCCCUGUCAGAACGACUCGGCGACCAAAGCUUCGGAAAAGGAGGUGACAAGCAAGCUGGCAGUGAUCGUGAAGACAGGCAUGGGUUCAGCCGCCUCGAUGCACGAGCUUACGCGCAUCUCGUGGUCCUUUUCAGCAUUCCGUGUGAUCCGGGAUCCUGUCUUCAGCGCUUGUUGUGCGACUUUCCGUCUUUGUCACGGUUUGUGGGCCUUGUUGAAGAAAGGCUGCCCGGCACGUGGCCAGACUAUUCCACCUUCAUGCUGGCUCUGCCUCCCGAAGAUCGCCCGCCCCCUCCGCCCCAAAGUCAGGGAAGUGUGCUGGUGGGCCCCGUUGAGAAGAGGAGACCGGAAUGGUGGGAGCUGUGGGGCUGGUCCUGGGGAGGUCGCAAACGUCCCGUGCAAUUUGGCGGACCAGGAAAGGCACCGCCUGCCAUUUAUGCCAUCUGCUUCGGAAUGGCAUCCGGCCUUUCGUUUGCCGUGGCCCUCGCGUGUGGACUUGGUCCCGGGAGGCCCUUUGCAGCGCAUGAGUGCUCGUUUUGUUUUAGUACAUCUGCCGCAUUGUUCUAG